UAAUCAGAGAGCAAGAUGUUGACCUGAAAUCGAACAAAUGUCAUGAAACCUCUUCGAUCAGACUAUCAGUCGUGACGUGUCUCUUGCAUUGAUAUUUUGAACCGAAUUAAUUAGUUCGCGAGGUGAGAACAAGGAGCACGCCUGCUGAAAAAAGAUGGCGAUAUCCUCACAUAACGUUAAUAGUUUUUCCCGAUCACUUAACCGGUUUGUUUUACAGCUGGUGACAUCGUUACUCGUCGCAACGGUUUUCAACUCAUGCGAGACCCAAGGUUGGCUAGACCUCCAAGAAUCCUCAGUAGAAAAUGAGAGUCAAAAUACAGUACCACUAAAGCCCUUGGUCCCUUUGAACACAUUUAACCAUUUCAUGCUGAGUGUGAAAGCGGAUAACUCUAGCACGGCAGGAAACUCAUCCACAUCUGGAACGAAUUCGACAGAGAAGCCGUAUGAAAUCCCGUUGGCAGGCCUCCUGGUUCUAGCUCGUUUCGACGAGUUCAAAGCUCAACUGGAGGACGCUUUAAAAGCUUUCAUCGCAGCCGGGAACGACGCGUCAACGAAACUCCACUACGAGGUCUUCGUUUUCGCCUCGUUCUACCCGAUCUCCAAGAUCUACAGCUGCGUGCCAAUCGGAGGAGAGAGCGAGAAGAGGGUUUGCGAGCACAUCCUCAUGCCGAAUCCAGAGGGAGGGGCCAUCAGCGCUUUCGUCAUCAAAUACCUUUUGGCCCCGAGCGAAGACAAACUUCAAGCCACCGCCGACGAAGGGUUGAAGCAAAUGCUGGCCCACCGCAUCGACGGGACUCUCUUGAAAAAUAAUAUGCACGUUCAAUUCGUGCACAGCCUUUGCCUCUCGUUCCAUAAAACGAGUGUCGGCCUAGCGCACAAGAAGGAAGUUAAGGAUGAGAUAAAAUUCUGAAGCUGAAUUCGAAUCGUCACCUUCCAGCCGAAGUAUCGCAAGCGCCAUGUGACACUCGAAAAAAAAAUACAUCGGAUCUAGAAUCCAGACCCUUAAAAACAUCGACAAGAAAAAGUACUCUUGAUUCAAUCAGAA